UUUGCUCACAGGACCUGACCUAUUGUCAUCACUUUUAGGUAUAAUGCUGCGCUUUCGGGAACAUCCAAUUGCAGUAACAGGUGACAUUAGAGACAUGUUCUUGAGAGUCAAGAUCCAUCAAGAUGACCAGGACGCGCUGAGGUUUCUGUGGAGAAACAACCCCACAGAAAACAUGAAGACGUACGCGAUGACGUCACUUAUUUUCGGCGCAAAUUGUGCUCCAUUUGUCGCGCAAUUUGUAAAAAAUAAAAACGCCCAGCGAUUUGAAUCGUCAUUUCCCGCCGCCGUCGAUGCCAUCGUCAACUCGCACUACAUGGACGACUACAUCGACAGCCUGCCCGACGAGGCGACAGCGAUCGAAAUGGUAAAAAAUGUCAGUUAUAUCCACAGGGCGGGCGGCUUUGAAAUAAGAAAUUGGACGAGCAACAGCGUCGCAGUUUUAAACAGCGUGCCAAAGGAGACCUUAGGCACUGCUGCUGUAAGGUUCAAAGUCGGCCAGCAACAUGAGAGCGAGCGUACCUUAGGUCUCAUUUGGUACCCUGCUGAUGACAUAUUGGGCUUCGAUCUGUCAUUAAAACGUAUACCGAGCGACGUACUUGAAGGUGAGAAUAGGCCUACGAAACGUGUAAUGUUAAGAGUAAUUAUGUCAAUAUUUGAUGUACUAGGUUUUUUAGCACCCUUCACGAUUCAAGGCCGAAUUAUGCUUCAAGAGGCUUGGCGCUUACAGGUGGAUUGGGAGGAUUACAUUCCAGACCAAAUUUAUCACAAGUGGCGAAAAUGGGUCGACCUUUUGAAGGUAAUUAAAGAUAUCCGUAUACCUAGGUGGUACUGCACAGCCGCGCGCAAUGCGGUAAGGGACAGCCAAUCGGCUACAGCGCGUGCGAGCGAAAUGCAAGAUUGUGUGGAUAUCGUCGCAACGGCACCUACCUCUCCCCCUGCGACCCACGCACCUACGCACAGUGCUACGAAAUGCUACGAGGGCGUAGCGGCAUCUACAUCUGCUACGACCGCAUCGAGUAGUAAGUACUCAUAUUAUAAUAAUUUACAAAUGCAUUUUUUUAGCGAUGCAUCUUCUCAGGCGAUGUCAGCUGUGGGCUAUUGGCGCUGGGAGGAUAACGGCACUAUUUAUGUUGCAUUUAUUGCCAGCAAAAGCAGAGUUAUGCCGAUAAAACAGCUGACUAUACCGAAGGCUGAGCUGCAAGCUGCAUUGUUGUCUGCAAGACUAGGCAAUGCAAUUGGAAAGGAGCACAAACUGACGCCAACGAGGCGUUACUUCUGGUGUGACUCCUCAACUGUAUUACAUUGGAUUCGCAACAAAAAUCGUACGUAUAAGGCCUUUGAAGCAAAUCGCUUGGGGGAGAUUGACGACCUUACCCGCGUUGACGAGUGGCGGUACAUUCCUACGAAAAUAAAUGUUGCCGAUUUAGCGACGCGGGACUCGUUUGAUCUAGCCCUACAGAGCGAGUGGUUUAAAGGUCCUUCUUUUUUAUACGCUGACGAAAGUCUAUGGCCAAAGGAUAUAAUACCGACCUGUAACGAGGAGGAGACAGGGGAAUGCGUAGCAGUCGUCCAGGUGCGUGACGAACCUGCAUGCAUGCCAGUGCCGGACCCACAGCGCUUCUCUUCGUGGCUUCGUCUCACCCGUGCCACGGCGGCAGUGCUAAAGUUCAUCGCUGGGUGCAAAGGUCAGGCGGUCGAGAUCGAUUGCGCAAUGAUGGAGCGCGCUGAGAUACUUUUACUAAAACACGCGCAAAACGAGUCUUUUGGGGAAGACUUAGCCAGAAUUAAGGCGCACGGGGCUUUACAUCGCGCAAGUAAGUUAUUAAAAUUAUCACCCAUUUUAGACGAACAUGAACUACUUCGCGUGGGCGGGCGCAUUGACGCCGCAUCAGAUGUGCCUCUGGACGUCAAGAGACCCGUGAUCCUGGACGGCCGUCAUCAGGUAGCACGCUUAAUCGUCCGGCAUUACCAUGUGAAAGCCGCCCACGGAAGUCAGGAGAUGGUGGUAAACGAAAUAAAGCAAAGGUACUGGGUACUUAGACUUCGACCUACUGUAAAACUCGUGACGUCAAGGUGCAUGUUGUGCAGGAUAAUGAAGAGCAAACCUCAGGUACCGCGCAUGGGCGAUUUACCAGAGGCCAGAAUAGAACACCAUCACCGACCUUUUUUUCACUGUGGGUUGGACCUUUUUGGGCCAAUGGAGGUCGCGGUGGGUCGCCGCAGAGAGAAAAGAUAUGGUGUUCUAUUCACAUGCCUCACAGUGCGGGCGAUUCAUAUCGAGCUGGUUGCCUCCCUUACAACCGACUCGCUUAUCAUGGCGUUGCGACGCAUGGCGGCGCGGCGCGGCGGGCCGCGCCAUCUGUACUCGGACAACGGUACUAAUCUGAGGGGCGCCGACACAGAGUUGCGUCGGUCAAUGGAGGCGCUAGAUAUGGACGUUCUAAAAGCUGAGGGGGUUAAUAACAACAUGGAUUGGACUUUUAUUCCCCCCGCCAGCCCCCAUUGGGGUGGGGCGUGGGAACGUUUAAUACGUUCAGUAAAGACGGCUCUCAAAGUCGUUUUAAAAGAACGAGCACCAGGGGACGAGGUUUUGACCACAUUAAUGGCAGAAGUUGAGAACAUGGUCAACGGUCGUCCAUUGGUGCACGUGUCUGUCGAUCCUGCUGACGGUGAGUCUCUUACUCCUAAUCAUUUCCUUUUAGGGUCAUCAUCGCGACUCCCUCUUGUAGGAGAGUUCGAUGAUUCUGAUCUCAACUUGAGGAAACUAUGGCGGAAGGCGCAGAGGCUCGCUGACAUGUUCUGGCAGAGGUGGCUAAGAGAAAUCUUACCCACCCUCGUGCCUAGGACAAAAUGGCUAGAGGAGCGGAAGCCGCUAAAAGUAGGGGACCUCGUUCUGGUGGUAGAUCCCAACUCUCCCCGCAAUAUGUGGCCGAAGGGAUUGAUCACGCAGGUAAUUCCUGGCGCAGACGGACGGAUCCGUUUAGUGGAGGUGAGGACGGCUACCGGGACUUACCGGAGGUCCGCGGCUCGCAUCGCUCCUAUUCCCGUAAGUUUAGAGUGCUGAGUCAGCACUGGGGUGGGGAGUGUUAGCGAUGCGCUCACUAUAGGUACAUAUGUAACUAGUUAAGUUUAUUUUUAAGGAAAAGUUGCCAUGUUAAAUACAUACUUAGUUACUAAUACUUAAGGUUCAAAAUUGUAUGACAUGUUAUGCAAGUAAUGUGCACUACGUUGCUAUGCGCCGGCGGCAGUCCGCUGCUAGACGCGAUCGGUUUAACUCGACCCUGUAUCCGAAAGUUAAAAUAAAAGUUUCAUUGUCAAGUUUA